GGGUUUCACAGAGACAGUAUAUGUUGGUUGCAUGCUUCCAGCAGAUUGAAUUCUUCAUGCAAGAUUUUUUUUUUGGUUUUAAUUCCCUACGUAAAAGAAAUGGUGAAGAACACACUUCCUAGAUCUAGAAAGUGAGCAUUUUUUUUGGUGAUGUGAAAACAAUUUCUUCUGCAUCUACAGUGUAAUGUGAUACAUCUAAACCACUCAGCCCUGUUAAGUUUUUUUGUUUUGUUUUGCACCUCGGUGGUAAAAUGUACAUGAUGUGCUAACUUAAGGGUGGCACCUAAUUAUCAAACUUUACAUUUCUUAGAAAUAAUUUUAAGGAAAUGUUUCCUUUGACAGUAAAAUUGGAGACAUGUUCAAAUUUAUUUAAUGUCUCAUUUGGUAGAAGUAAUGGGAUUUAAUUUUACAUCAGGUUGUAUCAUGUUUGUAAAAAUUUCAAUAUCAUGGCCACCUGAGAGGGUAGCAAAAGGUUGAUUUGUACAUGUGAUUAAGCCAAACUCAUUAUUUAAAGCAAAAAUUUUACAGAAAGACAAGCGUGAUUCAUGAGUUUAUAAACCAGUGGAUGGUAAGUGUCCUGAAAUAUACAUGACCAAUGAAUUUUUUUUUAAUUCCUGAAAACCUCCAGAUUUCCCUGAAACCUUGAAUGGGGUGAUUAGUCAAGGAUAGCAAAUAAUUACAUCAAUAUGAAUGGAAGGUCAAGCGGAAUACACUUUGCCUCCGUCACUUGAAACAAAAUACGUCGGCGAAAUGAACGAUGGAAUGUUUCAUGGGGAAGGCACUUUGUUUUUCUCAAAUGGAAGCAAGUAUGUUGGAAAAUGGGAGAAAGGAGUUGCUGUUGAGGGUAAAUAUACAUUUGCUGAUGGCUUAGAAUAUGAUGCAGAGGAUUGGGAGUACUGCGAUGGAUAUGACAGAAGAUUUUAUACAGAGAUCUGCCAUGGACUUAAGCCAGCAGGGCGAUCCCAGCUCACAAAUCGUAUUCCACCUCGAGAGAUUCCAGAAGGUUGCUAUGAUUGUGGCGAUGGUUUUUACAACCCUGUAUCCAGAGUAGUUGUUGACUAUGAUCACAAGUUUCUUCGAAAUGCAGAUGAUGAUGAACACGAUUGGAUUCUCAAAACAUGUAGAAAAGGCUGGGACGAAAAUGUGGGAUACAGGCCUGAUCUUAUCAAGUAAAUCGUUGCAGAAAUACGCCAUCAUCACUGUCAGCCCAAAAGCAGGUGGAGUGGAAAGUGACAGGCUCCAUGUACAGGUUAAAAUAAUGGACCAAGACGAGUUCCUUUCCUGUUUUGAUGAUCAUGAUGUCAUCUGUAACUGGUAGAGCUCAUCUUCUUCUGCAAAGUCAAGUAAAUUUUUCAACAGCUCUGACCCAUGCCAGAAACCAGAGGGUUUUCUGGUUGGCUUGCAGGUUACUGUAUAACUUGCCAGACCACAAGUGAUAUGAAAUUCCAGUUUUGUUGAGAAAAAACAUAUCUAUGUAUAGCUUGUACUGGCAUAACCUUAGUGGAUUAAAGAGAACAACAUUCAUCUGAA